AUGUUUAAUGAAAUAAAAUCAAAAAAGUUUUGGCUUGGCAACUAAAUUAGCAGAAUUACAAUAAAUAAGGAUGACUAUUCGGUUAAUUUAAAUAAAUCUCCAUCCUUAAAUAGAUAAACAUCUCCUAUUUCUGAGAGCAAUCAUAACACGCUGACCAUUAUAAAAAAAACAAAAGAAGUUACAGAUCACUCUAUUGAUCAAUCAUUUAAAUAAGUCAACUCUCCAUUGAUGUUCUACCUAACAAAUAUUAAUUAGACUAGCAUCAAUAAUAAUAAUAAUAGUUCUAAUAUUAUAAACAAUAGAUCAUGUCAAUAAUCUUAGAACAAUAGCCAGUAUACUAUCGAUGUUCCAGGUAAUGAAUCAUUUGCUCAAUAAUCGUCCAUUAAGUUAAAUGAAAAAGACCUUUUAAAUCAAAUAGUUGAAGCUGUGUUUAGUAAAAACAUUUAAUUAUUGACCAAAAUUGUAUUAUUAUUGUAAAAGGAAUAUAGAACUGACAUAUUAAAUUUAAAAGAUAUACAUGGAAAUACACCUUUACUAUUAGCUAUCAAAUUGUAAUAGUAAUAGAAUCAAUUCUCUACUAUUCGAUUAUUACUAUCAAAUGGCUCUGACCCUACUAUCAAAGAUACUGAUGGGUGGAGUCCAAUCGAAGAAACGGUUGCUUAAAAAGACUUAUUGACUACAUCAUUAUUAUUUGAUUACUUAGUUUCUAAGAAACUAUUUGAUAUGUAAUAGGAACGAAAUUAAAUUGAUUAGGAACUAUUAAAAAUCAAUGAUUUUUAUCUGGAAAUGAAAUGGGAAUUUAAAUCUAGCUUAAUUCCUUUCAUCUCCAAAUUCACUCCAAAUGACACAUUCAAAAUAUAUAAGAGAGGUUCCUCUUUGAGAUUGGACUCCACUUUUGCAGGAAAAAAGAAUUACAAAAAUAAAAGAAGGGAUCUCACAGUAUUAUAUAAUCCAUUAAUGGGUUCAGUACAAAGAAAGGAAAACAGUUCAAAUUGUAAAUUUGUUACUAUUUUAAAUAGAUCGAAAAAGAUCUACUAUUAUCCUAUUCAAGAAAUAGAUCCUGAAGAGAAGAAUCAAAUUCUGAUGGACUUAUUAAAUUGCGAAAGUGUCAGUGGGGACAUGAAAAUAAUUCAAUGUGAAUUAAUAAAAAGCAAGAAUUUCUUUGGAAAUUAUGUCAAUUAGAAAAUUAAUAAUUGGAUUUGUUAGAAAUAUGAAUUUCGCAUUUUAACAUCAUAACAUUUCAAUAAAAAACAUUAAUCAAAUUAUUUUAUGAGUCAAGAUUAAUAUUUUAAUUAAUCUUUGGAUUAAAAUCCUACAAGUGCAAGAUUUAAUUUAGAGUAAAUAACAAGUCAAAUAGUAGGUGAUUAAUUAUUAGUUAAUUCUCCAUCAUUUAAAUAAGACAAUUAAAAUUAAUAAGUCAAGUAAAACAUGCAAAAUAGUAUUAAAAAUGAAGAGGAUAAAAAACAAUAGGAAUCGUGUUUACUUUAUAUUAAUUAAGAAUUUCCAAUAAAUUUUUAGUAGUUUCUUCCAAUAAUAAAAAUGUUAGCUAAUGGGAAUGAGUUUAUUUCAUCUUUACAAACAGUUCUAUAAAAUGAGAGUGUUAAAUAACUACUUAACGAUAAAGGAUUCCCAGUCAGAAUAGAAAUUCCAAUCAAUUUUACUAUUGAUGCUGUUGUGACAUUUUAAGCAUACAAAUAAAUAGAUAUUGAGGAUCCUGAAAUAAAGAAAUUAUUCUAAAUUCCAGAAGAUUACUUACUGGUUUCUAGAAGAGAUGCUACCAAAGUUAUGAAGAGAGGAAAAAAAAGAUUAUUUUUAGCCAAUUUAUUUUUAUGA